UAAACGAAGAUGCUGCCAAUGGACUUGAAAGAGAUGCAUGGUCCUCGUCGUCAUCAUCCACUCAUGCAAUUCCAACUCAUAGGAUACAUCAUAAGAAAAUGAGGAUGCAACAUGAAAUAUCUCGAAAUGAAGGAGGAAAAGAAGUGACAUUAAUGUCUCUCGAAAAACCACAUCGUCCUGUGGCACGAGGAAUUCUAUUUAGUAGAGAUCCUUCUACUAUAGUUGGAGGAGAAAAACUAGGCCAACAGUAUUGGGAGGUGUAUAUUGAGGUUGUCAUAAUGCGCAAUAAGAGUCUGAUUCGUAGUUUGCAUAACUUGAAGACAAUUGGUGAUGCUGCUCGAAAAUCAAUUGCUUGGCCCUCUUAUCUUGUUAAAGAAGAUGGAAAGUGAAGAAAUCAUAUGACUUUGAACAUUUUGGAGAUAGCUACUUUGAAGCUAUAUGAUCUGAAUGUUAUGCAAAUCUUC